GCCUGACCUCUCGCAGCAGUGGCUCGAAGUUCAAAUCUAUUGGGACCGCCUGAAGGUAGGCGACUACCUCGAAUUCCACGCGAAGGACGUUUCCCACACCAAGCAAGGAACGGUGCUGGGAAGGGUGGAUAAGAUCGAACCGAGGACCUCAGAAGGCCAAUGGGCCGAGAUGACUUUCCUGGCGGUGUCAGACGAUCACCUUCUAUGGUGGCUUAAUUCGGGGUCCGGCAAGGAUGAGAACUGGGAGUUUGAGGUCCACUUCUGCAAGAGUGGAGAAAGAUCAUGUCGGAAGAGUCGCCGGAGCCGAGCCCUGGAUUUCCAUACAGACAAGUUCAGGAACGUUCCCCUUGGUCACCUCGCCGACCAUCGAAUAGAUUGGGUCAAGAAGAGCCCGUGCAAAAAGUAUGUGGAUGAGGAGGUUGCAAGGAUGAGUGGACAGCGGCCUAAGGGCCAGGACGAGACACACCCCGACACGGGCCAAGGCCUAGGGUUUGAAGAGGCGGUUCUCUCGGUGGCAGGCGCCGAGGAUCCGGCCUUGAAGAACCUGUCCGAGCUGGAGAGGGAGCUCGGUACGCCGAGGAAGACGCGCAAGAAACGGGAAGCAAUUGACCACCAUGGUGGAGGAGUUGUCCCACCUAACGGGGAGGACUUGAUUGACCCGAACAAAAAGAAGAAGAAAAGAAAGAAAGCGCGCGCUGACACCGGCCAUGGCCGUGCAAGGUCAGGUCCCGACUCCGGCGGAGGACAAUGCUUCGGACAGGAAGUGGGCCAUGAUCCCAAGGUUGACUACGGUAUGGUGCUGGAAGUGCCCAGCGGUUCCUCUGACAACGAGCAGACUGGCGGCACGGCUGCUUCAGAGAAUGCAAGCCAUGGUCGGAAAGGCCCUGGAGCUGAGCACCACGGACGCCUCGUGCCCGAGGGGCCGAACCUCCUGGAAAGGGACGAGGCUGUUCUCGCGUCAAAGGAGUGGGCCGGCGAACUGUGGAUGAAGAAGCUCCAGACAGAGAAAGGCCUCGGCAAGAUCGACACCAAGGGCGGCAAGGACAGCUACAAGGGCGACCCGAGACAGGACACAAAGGGAGGAAGGGACCCCAAGAAGGGGAAGCUGGGGAAGGGGAAAGAGGCUGCCCCGGCCGAGUGA